ACGUCAUAUGUGGUAGAUUCCAUCCAAAUUACAGUCCCACUUUAACUAUUUGCUUCCUUUGCCAACAACUCAAAAUUCAGGAUGAAAAUUCAAGCACAUCAUCUGGUCGUCCUGCUUAUUGGCUUGAAAUUACUGCUGAUUUCUGAUGCACUGAACAGAAGCAGUUUUCCUAAUGGUUUUCUUUUUGGAACAGCGUCAUCAGCGUAUCAGUAUGAAGGAGGAGCCAGAGAAGGAGGCAGAGGACCAAGCAUUUGGGAUACUUUCACUCACAAAUAUCCAGG